AUGAAUUUAUUUCACUCACCCUGUUGGAACACCUCUACCGAGCUUUUAAACAAAUCCUGGGAUAAAGAGUUGGUUUACCAAACCCCCGGCAUUGUGGAUACAGUAAUCCUCCCUUCCAUGAUUGGGAUGAUCUGUUUAACAGGGCUGAUUGGCAACAUCCUCAUUGUAUUCACUAUAGUCAGGUCCAAGAAAAAAACAGUCCCUGACAUUUAUAUCUGCAACCUGGCUGUGGCUGAUUUGGUCCACAUCAUUGGAAUGCCUUUUCUCAUUCACCAGUGGGCCCAGGGGGGAGAGUGGGUGUUUGGGGGGCCACUCUGCACCAUCAUCACAUCCCUGGACACCUGCAACCAGUUUGCCUGUAGUGCCAUCAUGACUGUAAUGAGUGUGGACAGGUACUUGGCCCUCGUCCAACCAUUUCGACUGACAAGUUGGAGAACGAGAUACAAGACCAUCCGCAUCAAUUUAGGCCUUUGGGCAGCUUCCUUUAUUCUGGCGUUGCCUGUCUGGGUCUACUCAAAGGUCAUCAAAUUUAAAGACGGUGUCGAGAGUUGUGCUUUUGAUUUAACAUCCCCUGACGAUGUACUCUGGUAUACACUUUAUUUGACAAUAACAACUUUCUUUUUCCCUUUACCCUUGAUAUUGGUGUGCUAUAUUUUAAUUUUAUGCUAUACUUGGGAGAUGUAUCAACAGAAUAAGGAUGCCAGAUGUUACAAUCCCAGUGUUCCAAAGCAGAGAGUGAUGAAGUUGACAAAGAUGGUGCUGGUGCUGGUGACAGUAUUUGUUCUAAGUGGCCCCUAUCAUGUGAUACAGCUGGUAAACUUGCAGAUGGAGCAGCCCACUCUGGCUUUCUAUGUGGGCUAUUACCUUUCCAUCUGUCUCAGCUAUGCCAGCAGCAGCAUUAACCCUUUCUACAUCUUAUUGAGUGGAAACUUCCGGAAACGUCUGCCUCAAGUACAGAAAAGAGUGACUGAGAGGAAAUCGACAAUAUGGAAAACACCAAAAUCAAACUUUUAG